AUGCUGACUGAACGCCUGCUGCUACCCCUGGCGCUGAAGGUUGUAAUGUUCCGCCCGCCCGGACAACUCGAGAGGCAAAACAGCUGGUCGAAAUACUUUGAUGGUACAGACAAAGAAUCGUACAAUAAGCAAACAUGUGACCCACAAUUGAGUGAAUUGAAAGAUGUCCCGGUGGUUGGAACUUCCGUGGCAGAAAGGAAACGACUUUUAUUUGGUCUAGAUGGAGAGAAAUUCGACGAUAACACGCAAUCGUUGGCUAAGUCCACAACAAGAAAAGAUGAUUUGUCCAUGACUGGUUCAUCCAUCGAGGAAAGAAAGCGCAAAUUGUUUGGUGUCGAGGAUCGGACACCUGUUGAGAAACUGGAUGACUCUGACAAGGAAACAGAAAGCGUUCCAGUAAUUGGUUCCUCUUUAAAGGAAAUAAAACAAAAGUUAUUUGGUGGUGAAGUCCAGACAUUGGACGAGAAAAUGCAAGACAUGGACGAUAGCUUAGUUCCAUUAAAGAAAGUGUUUGAUUUUAUGUCACAUGUUAGCGAGAUUGAGACUAACCUACACGAAGUGGUUGAUUUACCUUUGCUAUUGAAUGACAUGAGUGAUGUAUCUCUGGAUCAGGUGUCAGACUUUGAGCUGAUAAACCUUAGUCAGUCGAAUCGCAGUACUGUUUUGCAACUCGCACUGGAAAUGGAAAGACAAGAUAGUUGGUCAUCAUUGUUUAAUGACGAGGACAAAACUGAAGCGCAUAGGCCAGUGACAGGAGCAAGCAAUGGACAAGAUGAGACAUGUGUAACUAAGGAAGACUUGCAUGUUAUGUGUCCCGCUGUCACAAUUGAACACUCCAGAGACAAUACAGAGAAUACUGCAGUGGAUAAUGACACUCAUGAAGAUACAUUGCUCAUCUUGACCCCCAGUGUAAUCAACUCCAAGCAGUGCGAUGCAGUUCAGGGGGAAACAUUUAACCCAGCUGAAGCAAUUGCCAACACAAUGAACGAGAUUGCUGCCACACGUUCUGAGAUGCAGACUCUGAAGACCUAUGUAGACAAAAACUCUGAUAGCAUUGAGAGUAUGUUGCAACAGAAACAAACCGAAAAGCUGACUGUCUCUGCAGAAUCUGAUAUUCAAGCAAUCAAGAAGACUGUUGACAAAAAUGCAACUGCCAUCGCUAGUAUCAUUGAACAAGAGCAGAAGCAGUCUCAGGCACAACAGGCAGUGAAAGCUGAAGGAAUCACUGAUAACCCUACUAUCCAAGCUAUUCUUAAUGGAUUGCUUUCCUUACAGAAUGUAGUUGUUGAUUUGAAAACAGAAAUAGUCUCACUGAAGACGACAAUUGACAAAAUGGCAGACGAUCAAGAGUCUUCCGGGAAGAAAUACAAUGCAUCUAUUGCAGACUUAAAGAGCCAGCUCUUGCUUGCGGCACCAGUGGUCAAUGCCAAGGUGAGUCAUCCUACUGAGGUAUCAACAAAAGAUGAAAGAACAGCUGUAACACCAAGAUCACACGAUGAGGUGACAUUACCUGGUGUAAAUCUAGCUACCACUGAAAAUGACAAAGCAUUAGAUAUCAGAACAAACAACGCAGUGGUCCCAAAAGUGGUAGACAGGUAUGAUGAUAUGAUCACCUGUCCAGCACGUAUGUGCAUAUCCAUAGAAAACAACAAUAUAAUAAGUACCAUCCAUCAAGUGAAUGAUGCAGACGCCAAACUAUCCAAAUAUGAUGACAGUUACCCACGAUGCCUCCCCCUCAAACACAAUGAAUCAGAAACUACCACAACAGUAGAAUCAAAUCAUGAGCUUAAUUUCAGUUCAAUUACUAAGGCCAUUAGUAAUGUAGCCAUAGGUGCAGCACAGCUUCAAGUAAUGAGAUUGGAAAAUCCAUCACAUAAGUUAUCAAUUACAGAGAUUGAUGAAGAUGACCAGCAAUCAGGCAUUGACGAUAUUGUGAUGACACCUGCUAUGUAUAAAAACAUAACUAAAGGUACAGUGGAAUGUGAUCUUUCCAGAAUGGGAAAUAAACUUUGCUCUCAAAAACAUCUUGUCCCAUAUAAGAAGCAUACCAAACCUGUUACAUCUCAGCAAUCAAAGGAGGAGGAAUCAGCCCUGAGAUCAUUUGCAGCUGCCUAUGUAAAUUUUGUCAUAUUGAGUAGUCAGGUUCAGUAUCAUAAUGAAGAAGAUGACAGACUAAGGACGUUGGCAUCAAAUAAAGACAAAUCAGUGGUAACAUCCAACAUACAAUCCUCACCUGUCAAACUAAGUGCAAAAGCAGACUUAACACCUAUUGCAUGUAAAUUGUCUGAAGAUCGGCUACCCAAUGAAAAAACAGAUCAAGCUCGCUGCAAAUUAACAAAUGGUGUGGAAACACUACUAGCUUCUGAACAUGAUAAGAAGACCACAGAUGAUUAUAGUAAUGCUAUUUUGCUUACAAAAGGUGAAGAUAUCAAAGAAGAACUGAUAACAGUAAAAAAGGACAUAGCUAAACAUAGUCCCGGGAAUAUAAAUAUUGGAUCUGGCGAUGAGUUGCAAUCAAUCAGUAAAGCAAUUGCAAAUGUGGCAAUAUCUGGAGCUCAACUUCAACUGAUUAGGAUGGACAGAGAGAACCAGGCAAUCAAUGAACAUAUUACAGAAAUAAUGGAUGUGACUGAACAACAACCAAAUAUUGACAAUAUUAUAUUGAAACCAUACAUGUUCAAGACACUUUUGCCAGGCGCAACAAGAAAUUUCAGCAGCCCCACAUUUACACAUGAAAUAUCAUUAAGAACAAGAAGUCUUGUUCCAUACAAGAGGCAAAGUCACCCUAUUGUCUCGAAUAAAUCCAAGAAGGAGGAUGAAGCUCUCAGAUUGUUUGCUGCAACAUAUGUCAAAUUUAUCACUUCUAGUAGCCAGAUACGUUUCUAUAAAGAAGAGUCCAAUAAAUUGAAAAUCAAGGAUAGCGGUAAACCUAAAUCCCUAGUUCAGACAAAUGGUGGACAGCACAUUACGCAACCUAUGGUAAAUGUAUCAGCCAACUUAUCAUUUGAAAAACAACCGUCCAAUGAGAAAACAAGAAUUGGAUUAGGUCUUGAAGCUGAGCUAUCUGCAAUCAGCAAAGCAAUUACGAAUACAGCUAUAUUUGGUGCACAGCUUCAAAUGAUGAAAAUGGAAAGUGACAGUCCAGCAAAGAUAACAGUUAUAAAUACUACUGAUAUCGAUGAUCAACUCACAGAUAUUGAUGAUAUUAUGAUGAAACCUGCUAUAUACAAGAACAUCUUGAAAAACAGAUCUGUAGGCAAAGUGGCCCCACUGAGUAUUGUUCCAUACAAGAAGCAAACUCAACCAACCGACACACUCAAAAUGAAGGAAAACAAAUCAGCUUUGAGAUCAUUUGCUGCUUCCUAUGUAAACUUUAUUACUGCCAGUAGUCAAGUACGAUUCUAUGAAGAGGAGUCUGCAAAAUUGAAAAGUAAUGUGGCUUUUGGUAAAUCCAGCAAUCAGGGCAUGAAGUCUGAUAAAAUGCAACAGAUAAAACCAUCACUGGGACUCACCACACAACAAUCAUUUGUGGUGUCUGAAUUACCAGAGCAUGGAAUUAAGGGUAACUCUUUUACACCUAAUAUGUAUAAGCAGAUUAUCAACUACCAAAUGUUUCAAACAGCUAAAACCACGUCUUCAAAAAAAGCAGUGGAGAAUGAAAUAAGAAAAGAUGUACAAAAUGCAGUGAUAAACCCAGAUUCCGGCCCUAGCCAGGAAAUAUCCCAACUCAUUGAAAUUGGAGAACUCAAAACUGGGAUUGUCACAAAUUAUCCAAGUAAAGCACUUGAUUCAGCAAACAAAGACAAAUUACAUCAUAAAUUUCAACAGAAUGAGAGAAAAGAUUCAAAUGAGAAGAUGCUGCAUGACAUAAAUAAAGUCAAGGUAGAUAAAGUCAUUGCAGAAACUCAGCUACAAACUUUGAAGGUAGAUAAAUCACCCAAAGAUGAACAACAAUUAAAAUCCAUGGUUUCCACAUACAUCAAAUUCAUCACCACCAGUAGCCAGUUGCAGUUUUAUGAAGAAGAAAUAAAUAAAGUAAAUGGUAAAGAUUCAUCAUCUGAUAAUUUGGAAAACCCUGAUUUAAAGCAAAAUGCACCUAACAAUCCAACAACGAAAUCGGAACUACCAAGCAUGGGUGAUAUGUCCAUUGAAACACUGACAAACCAAGAAACUGACCAGUCUCUCAUCUCAUUUGAAAACAUGGAUGAUUAUGACUGGACACGUGAUGUGUUGCAGGCAGCAAGUGACAGCAAGAAAAAAGAAAAAGACCUGUUAACAAUGGAAACAGAAAUGGCAUGCAUGGAUAAUAUGUUCUUCAAACCAUCGAUGUACCAACAUUCUGACUUGACAAAUAAAAUCACUACAGCUGCUGUUGAAAACAAACUAUCUGACAUCUCAUCUGAAAACCCAGAAGAAACUGCUGAUAAAAUGGAUGAAUAUGACUGGACAGAUGAGGUGUUAAAAGCAUCUAGUGACAACAAAGAUAAUAGAAAUGUUGAACAAGACUGGACAGAAGAAGUUCUAGCAGAGAAAAUUCCAGAAAACUUAGAAUCCUUAGAUGAAUUUUUGGGAUCAGCCAUAAAUAACUCGAAAAAUGGUAAAUCUGUUUCAGACCAAUCACACACAGAAGAUAAGAGACUAGAACCAACCAGACCCAGUAAGCAAAUAUUCAAACCCAAAACUGGGAUUGUCACAAAGUAUCAACUUGAUUCAGCAGAAGAAAGAACACGUCAUAUAUUGCAACGGAAUGAGAGAAAAGAUUCAAAUGAGAAGAUGCGGCAUGACAUAACUAAAAUCAAGGUAGAUAAAGUCAUUGCAGAAACUCAGCUACAAACUUUGAAGGUAGAUAAAUCACCCAAAGAUGAACAACAAUUAAAAUCCAUGGUUUCCACAUACAUCAAGUUCAUCACCACCAGUAGCCAGUUGCAGUUUUAUGAAGAAGAAAUAAAUAAAGUAAAUGGUAAAGCUUCGCCAUGUUCAUCUGAUAAUUUGGAAAACCCUGAUUUGAAACAAAAUGCAGUUAACAAUCCAGCAACAAUGAAAUUGGAAGUACCAAGCAUGGGUGAUAUGUCCAUUGAAACAUUGACCAACCAAGCAAUUGAUCAGUCUCUCAUCUCAUUUGAAAAGAUUGAAGAAACUGGUGAUAACAUGGACUGGACACAUGAUGUGUUGCAGGCAGCAAGUGACAGCAGGAAAAAAGAAAAAGACCUGUUAACAAUGGAAACAGAAAUGGCAUGCAUGGAUAAUAUGUUCUUCAAAACAUCGAUGUACCAACAUUCUGACUUGACAAAUAAAAUCACUACAGCUGCUGUUGAAAACAAACUAUCUGACGUCUCAUCUGAAAAUCCAGAAGAAACUGCUGAUAAAAUGGAUGAAUAUGACUGGACAGAUGAGGUGUUAAAAGCAUCUAGUGAUAGCAAAGAUAACAGAAAUGUUGAACAAGACUGGAUAGAAGUAUUGGCAGAGAAGAUGGAAGCGAAUUUAGAAUCCUCAGAUGAUUCUUUGGUAUUAGCUAAGAAGAGCUCAGAUGAAUCACACCCACAAAAUAAGAGUCUAGAACCAACUGAAAGUGAUGAAUUUGAGUGGGUAACUGAGGUAAUGCAAACUGCUCUUGCAACAGCACAGUCAGAUCAGAUGUUGAUGUCAUUAGAGCCAACUCAAAAAUAUGACUUCUCAGACGAAAGUUAUGAUGCAGAUGAAUCAGCCUCAGAUUCUUCAGAAGGGAUGAUGGAAAUAUGUAUGUCUAAAGAAAUGGAUGAACGAGACUGGGUGGAUGAGAUAUUGGAUGUUUCCCAGACUGACUAUGAUUAUAGUUGCCCAAAUGAAAUCUUGGAACCAAUUACAGAAGAAUCAAGUGAAUCUGAUGGUCCAGGGUCAAAUGUUGACAAAAGUAUUUGUUCAAAGAAGAUGUUGAAAGCCAAUACUGAUAAAAAAGAUGAAUUUGAUUGGAUUAAUGAGGUUCUAAGUUCAACAGUUCUGGCAACAAGGCAGUCAGAUGUUGAUAUAAUGAAACAUACCAUGGAUGGAAUGCACCAAUCUGAAUACAACGACAGAACCAUGAAAUCUAGAAGCAAAGAAAACAGUGAGAUUGAACUGUGUGAUAAUCGAGAUGAGAGGAGACAAAAACAUGUAUCCUACGUAAAUUUUCUUAAAAGAGUCUUGAGUAAAUCAUCUGGCUCAAGUAAUGAGUCAAUCUUUCUGUCUGCACCAUCAUCUCAGGAAUUCGUGAAUGGUGAAGAUGCUAAAAACCUCACCAGUAAGCUCUCAAUCGAGAAUGAUGAAUGGAAGUAUGAAUUGGCAAGGACUCCAUCAGACUGGCAGACAUAUGCAGAACUAUAUGAGUUCAUUGAACCAUCGGUGCUGAAAACGGCUGGGCCAUUAUCAGAGACAGACCUUAAUGAUAUAUGCGAUAAAUUAGAAAACAAUGAAACACUGGACUGUGAGAAUGUGAUAUCUUCCAAAUUGCUUAUCAAGCGUCUAAAAAAGAGUGGUGCAUAG